UACAGAGCUGGCACAAUGGAUGGAAAGGCUGAGAGUAUGAGCCUCUACAAUUUGGACCGGUUCCGCUUCGAGAGGAAGGGGAAGGGCGCGGAGCAGGUGCCGGCGGCCUGCGCCGGGACAGCUGGCGGUGCUGCCAGAGGAGGAGCGGAGGAGGAGCAAGGUGCGGGUGACAGCAGGCGGCCGGGCACUCCGGCCUCGGACGUGACAGACAGAACGGAGUGUUCCACCAUCCCAGAAACUCCCGAAGCUCAGAGAACAAGGAAAGUGUCUUACUUCAAGCGGCAGCGAGGGGUGCAUUUCUUCGAUGUGUCUGACAGCGAGGAUGAGGAGCCAAGACACCUCCGUGCUGCCAAAGAAACCCAGGCCUCGAGGGCAGAGGCGCCCGUAAGCUGUGAAACAUCUGAUGGUGAUGACCAGCCUGAAAAGGAAAUGCCCCAUCUGACACUUGCAAAUGGUGGGAAGCAGCAGCCAGCUGUGAAGGAGUAUGUAGAGGAGGAUACCAGAGACUCAAAGCUGCAAACAAUGAAGGAACGUUUUCCCCAAAGAAGUGACCAAGAAUUAUUAAAACUGAUAGAAUCAGCACACACAAUGGAUGAAGCAGUAGCUGCUGGUUUGAAGCUCAACGACAAAGCUGCCUCUGGUAAAAGGAAGCAAAGAGAUUCUCCCACAAAUUGCAAAACCAAAAAUGAGCAAGCUGCAAAAAAGUCAAAAGUUACUUAUCUGGAUGACUCAGAACCCAAAAGACAAUGGGAGAGGCAAGAGAUGCUCGUGAAGAAGUUGCAAAGUACAUUCCCUGGACUGGAUAAGGAGGAGCUGAGAGAGGUACUUGAGGAACAUAACUGGGUGUUUCAUGAUGCACUGGAGGCCCUGAAAAUAUUUGCAGACGACGAGGAGGGUAUAGAAUUUCCUCCCAAAAGUAAAGUUGCUGACUGGACUGAAGCAUCCACUAAAACCCAGAAUGAGGAGAGUAAAGAUAAGAUGAAGCAGAAGGCUUCUGAGAAAGAGCAGAAUGGCUUUCAGAAAAAGGACAAAGGCAAAAGGAGCAUUUGGAGUGCUGAGAGAGAAACAGAACACACGGAGGACGAGUCCGCUUCUGAAGACGGCGGAAGCUCCCUGGAUGAGGACUACAGCAGUGGUGACGAAGUGAUGGAGGAUGGCUACAAAGCAAAAAUCCUCAGCUUCCUGCAGGAUGCUUCCCUGAGUGAACUGUCUCUGAUUCCCCAGUGUUCUCAGAAAAAGGCUCAGAAGAUAAUAGCGCUCCGGCCCUUUAACAGCUGGGAGGCUCUGUUUACAAAAAUGACGAAGACUUCUGGUUUGUCAGAGGAUAUAGUGUGGAACUGCAAGAUACUGCUGAAGGAGAGGGAUGUGGUUCUAAAGCUCAUGAAUAAAUGUGAAGACAUUUCCAAUAAACUGACAAAACAGGUAACCAGUAUUACUAGAGGAGGAGGAUGUGGAUGGAACAUAGAGCAACCCUCCAUUCUGAAUCGCAGUUUGAAACUGAAGCCAUAUCAGAAGAUUGGUUUGAACUGGUUAGCACUGCUGUAUAAGCACAGAUUGAAUGGCAUCUUGGCUGAUGAAAUGGGCUUAGGAAAAACAAUUCAAGCUAUUGCAUUUCUGGCUUAUCUCUACCAAGAGGGCAAUAAAGGUCCCCACUUGAUAGUUGUGCCAGCUUCAACGAUAGAUAACUGGAUAAGAGAAGUUCAUCUGUGGUGUCCUGAACUGAAUGUCCUCUUUUACUAUGGGUCCCAAGAAGAUAGGAAACAUCUCAGGUUGGACAUUCACAAUAAAGUCGUUGAUUUCAAUGUGAUCGUGACUACAUACAACUCUGCAAUCAGCAGCUCGGAUGAUCGAGGACUGUUCCGCAGGCUGAAGCUUAACUAUGCAAUUUUUGAUGAGGGUCAUAUGCUCAAGAACAUGAGCUCUAUCCGCUACCAGCACCUCAUGACAAUUAAUGCCAAGAAUCGCUUGCUGCUAACAGGGACUCCCGUUCAAAAUAAUCUGUUGGAAUUGAUGUCCCUCUUGAAUUUUGUCAUGCCCGAUAUGUUCAGCAGUAGCACAAGUGAAAUUCGAAGGAUGUUCUCUUCAAAAACAAAGAGUGCUGAAGAACAAAGCAUAUAUGAGAAGGAGAGAAUUGCACAUGCAAAGCAGAUAAUAAAGCCAUUCAUCUUGAGAAGAGUAAAAGAUGAGGUCCUUAAACAACUACCUCCCAAAAAAGAUCUCAUUGAACUGUGUGCGAUGUCUGAGAAACAGGAACAACUCUACUUGGCUCUCUUAAACAAGCUUAAGAAAACCAUCAACAGUAAUGAGAAAAACUCUGAUAUGGGAAAUGCAAUGAUGCAACUUAGAAAAAUGGCCAAUCACCCUCUUUUGCAUCGUCAGUACUACACAAAUGACAAGCUCAGAACAAUGUCCUCCCUCAUGCUCAAGGAACCCACACAUUGUGAUGCUAACCCUGACCUUAUCUUUGAAGAUAUGACAGUCAUGACAGAUUUUGAGCUGCAUGUGCUUUGUAAGCAAUAUUCUCACAUCAAUGACUUCAUGUUAGAUGUGGAUCAGAUCCUGGAUUCUGGAAAGUUUAGAGCAUUGGAACGCAUUCUCUCCGACCUUAAAGAGAAGGGUGACAGAGUUGUGUUGUUCAGCCAGUUCACUAUGAUGCUGGACAUCCUGGAAGUUUUCCUGAAACACUGGCAACACAGAUACCUUCGGCUGGAUGGGAAAACGCAGAUUUCUGAGCGGAUACAUCUAAUAGACGAGUUCAAUACAGACAUGGGUAUAUUUGUAUUCCUUCUGUCCACCAAAGCUGGUGGCUUGGGCAUUAAUCUGACCUCAGCCAAUGUUGUGAUCCUUCAUGACAUUGACUGCAACCCUUACAACGAUAAGCAGGCCGAAGACCGGUGCCACAGAGUGGGGCAGACGCGAGAAGUACAAGUCAUAAAGCUCAUCAGUAAGGGGACUAUUGAAGAAACCAUGCUCAAAAUCAGCCAACAGAAACUGAAGUUAGAACAAGAUAUGACUGCAGCAGAAUCAGGAGAAGAAGGAACCAUUCCAGCAGAUAUAGCCACAUUAUUAAAAGCUUCAUUGGGUCUCUAAAAUGUAAAUAUGUUGAGAAAUUCAAGGAAGAAAUGGGAUGAAAUACCCCAAGGACUCUUACAUUACUGUUGACCAGGAGUUUUAUGAACGUUUAUAACUUUUUGUAGUUUGUUUAUUGUAUUGCUCAUGGUAUUGAAAAAUUUUAACACCAAUAGCAUUCUUUUAAUGCUUAAAAAGCAUAAAUGGCCCAAAAGUGCCAACCUCAGAUGCUGAAUAAAGGUUUUACAGAUCACUUUUGAAAUGGGGACCUAGUAAUUGUUUUAACAAAUCUGCUACUGCUUAAGAUUUGUCAGUAUUUUUGUAAUUAUUUCUACCUCCAAAUAUAUAUAUAUAUAAACUGUCUGUUUCACUGGAUUCCGCGUGUAGAUUUUUUUAUAUGUGCCUUAUUUGACAAUGCUCGAGUCUGUUUCUGCUUGUUUUGGUUCAUUUGAUGUACCGUACUGAUUUUGUAUCAACUUGUUCCAAUAAAAUUCCAUAGACUGACAAAA